AUGCGUGGCGCGUCUGAGCACCUGCGCAAGUGGCAGCAGAGACAGUGGCGCACGCGGGAGAGGGAGUCAGUCAAGAACAAGGAUCUGUGGGAGAUCCUUCUCCACGGGUUGGAGAAGUGGGAGAAGUUCGACGUAAGCGUGCAAUUUCUGUUGGUAAGACGGGAGCAGAACGCGCAGGCGAUGGACGCGGCGAAGCGAGGUGCAUUGUCCGAGGACAACAGGUCCUCGUGCUUCAGGAAGGUCAUAGCGGUCGCAUGCUGA